AUGUCGUCUCCAGCGCCGCCUACCGUUCGCGCAGACGCUGGGCUGCUGCGACACCUCUCGCACACCUCGCCGAAGUCGUUCAUGCCACCGCCAGCCUCCUCGCAGCACAAGACCGUGCUCACCUGGGAAGAUGUCAGCUAUACCAUCGGCUCCACCGAAGAAGGCGACAGCCGCACCCUCAUACGGCAUGUCUCCGGCUACGCCCAAAGUGGCGAAAUGCUCGCUGUUCUCGGGCCCUCGGGGGCGGGCAAGACGACGCUGCUCGAUAUCUUAGCUCAGCGCAAGAUGGGUGGCAAGGGCAGCAUUACCGGUAGUAUUCUACUGAACGGCGCGCCUAUUGAGUCGACCGCAUUCCGGCGCUGCAGCGGCUACGUACAGCAGGACGAUCUUAUGCACAGUUACGUGACCGUCGAGGAGGCGGUCCGCUUCUCUGCCACCCUCCGCACCCCACAGACCGUCUCGACCGAGGAACUAGAGAUGCGAGUGUCACGGGUGCUUCGGCAGCUGGGCAUCGACCAUGUGCGCCACAACUGCAUCGGCAGCGCAUUGGUGCGCGGCAUCAGCGGGGGAGAGCGGAAGCGGUGCGCCGUAGCAGUAGAGAUGGUGACGUCGCCGCCUCUGCUCUUCCUGGAUGAGCCGACAACCGGGCUUGACACAUUCACAGCGCUUCAUCUCCUCACGCUUCUCCGCUCGCUCUCCCGUUCGGGGGUGGCUAUCAUCUUCUCCAUCCACCAACCACGCUUCCGCAUCUACGAGACAUUUGACCGCAUUCUGCUGCUAAACGGGGUUGGGGAGGAGGCGUACUUUGGUCCCGCUGCUGACGCGAUGGGGUUCCUUGCCGAGAUCGGACUCUCCCCCAGCUACCUGGGCAACCCAGCCGACUACCUCAUCGACGCCGUCUCCGUUUUGCCAGUUGAGGAAGAGGAGUGGUUGUCACACCAGCAACAGCAGUCGGUGGCAGUGGAGACGAUGACAGACGGGAGUCAGCUCAGCCUACCCCCGCCGCCAGCCAGCUCCAAGGAGAGAUUGGAACGGCUGUCGUCGGCAGCGUCAACGCAAAGCCGCGACAUCGCCGCCGCCUUUGCUUCUCUACGUCUAGCCGCUGUUCUGCGGCAAAUAAACAAGCUGCAGCGCUCCUCCAGAGCGACAUCACUGGCUUUAACCACGGCCGAAUCCCCAGCCCGCGCCUACUACCGCAGUUGGCCCACACAAGUGUCGUGCAUUGCCAUGCGGUAUCUGCGCAAUCGUCGUCGUGACCCUGUCGCGACGUACGUCUCCAUUACGUCUGCCAUCGUAUUUGCCUUUCUCACGGGCACCAUCUACUACCAAGUUGGGAACUCGCAGGACAGCAUUCGCAGUCGCAUGGGCGUUCUCUUUUUCAUAAUGAUGAUCAGCACCUUCUCCUCCCUGGGCAGCUUGGAGAUGUUUCUGACUGAUCGUGCCAUCUACGCGCGGGAGCACCGCAACGGCAUGUACAGUACAUCGGCCUACUACGUGGGAAAGGUCAUUCAAGAUAUCCCUAUCGGGGUGUUGGUGACCUUCGCCUUCAAUGUGAUCGUCUACUUCCUGGUUGGCCUGCAGCACACUGUCGCAAAGUUCCUUAUCUUCAACGGCAUCAGCGCCUUAGUCAUGCUGAACGGCUAUGCUCUUUGCCUUCUCAUGUCGAACCUGGCCAAGGACUACUCCACCGCCAACAUACUUACCUCGCUGCUGUUGGUGCUGUAUCUGCUGCCAACAGGCGGCAUGCUAGUGAGUCUGAACAACAUCCCACUCGUGUGGUCCUGGAUCAAGUACGUCUCAUUUGACCGUUUUGCUUUCUCGGCGCUUGUAGCGAACGAGUUUGAGGGGCUGUCCCUCGUCUGCGACCCGGUGCCGUCCGACCUUGUGCCUUGCAUCACAUCUGGGUCGGCGUACGCAGCCUCCCAAGGCAUGUACGCAAAGGACAUUGGGCCGCAUGCGCUGAUUGUCAUGAUCAGCAUGGUGGUCUAUCUUGUACUCGGCUACCUCGUGCUGCGCUGUUGGCGGUCCACUGAAGGGAAGUGA